CAAGAUGGCGGCGUCUGAAGCGACGGGAAGAUACAGAAGCGCUAUGAGCAAAAGCAAGGAUCCCUCCGGCCUGCUCAUCUCUGUCAUCAGGACACUGUCCACCAGUGACGAUGUCGAGGACAGAGAACACGAGAAGGCCCGCCUGGAGGAGGCGUACGAAAAAUGCGACCGUAACUUGGACGAGUUGAUCGUUCAGCACUACAACGAACUGAUGACUGCCAUCGGCACCUACCAGAGCAUCACUGAACGCAUCACCACUUCUCGCAACAAAAUCAAGCAGGUGAAGGAGAACCUGGUUUCCUGCAAAAUGCUUCUGCACUGCAAGCGGGAUGAGCUGCGCAAGCUGUGGAUCGAAGGGAUCGAGCACAAGCAUGUCCUGAACCUUCUGGACGAGAUCGAGACCAUCAAGCAGGUGCCGCAGAAGCUGCAGCAGUACACGGGCAGCAAGCACUACCUGAUCGCCACGGAUAUGCUGGUGUCGGCCGUAGAAUCCCUGGAAGGACCCCUCCUUCAGGUAGAAGGAUUAAGUGACCUGAGGCUGGAACUUCACAGUAAGAAGAUGAACAUGCAUUUAGUUCUCAUAGAUGAACUCCACCGUCACCUUUACAUCAAGUCUACCAGUAAGGUUGGACAGCGGAACAAAGAAAAGGGGAGGAUAAGUUCUCAUGUGAAGGAUGCUUCUGCUUUGCCUCACCUCGACGUUACUAACUUAUCCACUCCUCGCAAGUUUGACUCCUCUCAAUUUAGCACUACAGGAAAUUCCAGCGGAAGGGAAGUCAGCUUGAUAGAAAUCAAGGAAGAUUUAGACCUGGAUCCCGAGGAGAACAGCUCGGCCUUUAUGGGCAUCCUGAUCAAAGGACUCGCCAAACUGAGAAAAAUUCCAGAGACCAUCAAGGCCAUCCAGGAUCGUUUGGAGCAAGAACUGAAGCAAAUUGUCAAGAGGUCGACCACCCAGGUGGCAGAUAGUGGCUACCAGAGAGGGGAGAACAUAGUCCAGGAAAAUCAACCCAGGUUGCUCCUGGAGCUUCUGGAAGUCCUCUUUGACAAAUUCAACGCCGUGGCCACAGCUCACGCCAUCGUGCUGGGUCAUCUCCAGCAGACCGUGUCUCCUCCUUCCAGCCAGUACGAGGGCGAAAUCAAGCUGUACGACAUGGCAGAUGUGUGGGUGAAGAUCCAAGACGUCUUGCAGAUGCUGCUGACAGAAUACCUGGACAUGAAAAACACACGAGCCCCUUCAGAGCCUUCAGCUCAGCUGAGCUAUGCCAGCUCCGGGAGGGAGUUUGCGGCAUUUUUUGCAAAAAAGAAACCUCAAAGGCCCAAGACCUCUUUGUUCAAGUUUGAGUCAUCUUCCCAUGCCAUCAGUAUGAGCACUUACCUGCAGGAACAGAGGAGGGAACUUUAUAGCCGGAGUGGGGAGCUGCAAGAGUUCUCCCCCCCGCGUGUUGUGCGUGGCUGGCGGGUGUUUGAACCUGUGGCGAAACGGUACAAAACACGCUUUGUACCCGAGAGUGGAUUUGAUCAAACCAUCAAGAGUUGCCGGGAGUCAG